UUCAAAUGGAUUUUAAAAUUGAACACACUUGGGAUGGUUUUCCAGUGAAACAUGAGCCAGUGUUUGUCAGGCUGAAUCCAGAUGAUAGAGGAGUGAUGAUGGAAGUUAGCGCUCCAUUUUUCAAUGAUCCUCCAGCCCCACUAGGAGAACUAGGAAAGCCUUUCAAUGAACUGUGGGAUUAUGAAGUUGUGGAAGCAUUUUUCUUGAAUGACAUAACUGAACAGUAUUUAGAAGUUGAACUUUGUCCCCAUGGACAGCAUUUGGUGCUUUUACUCUCUGGAAAAAGAAAUGUGUGGAAACAAGAACUUGAUCUAUCAUUCAAAGCGUCCAGAGGAGAGACAAAAUGGGAAGGUAGAGCUUAUCUUCCUUGGAGUUAUUUUCCACCAAAUGUGACAAAAUUCAAUUCAUUUGCAAUUCAUGGAUCAAAAGAGAAAAGAAGCUAUGAAGCUCUUUACCCUGUACUUCCACAUGAGCUGCAGCAAGGACAAAAACCUGAUUUCCAUCAUCUGGAAUACUUCAAGCCUUUCAGUUUUAACACACUACUUGGAGAAGAGUGGAAACAACCAGAGUCAGACCUGUGGCUAAUAGAGAAACCUGAUGUGUAGGAGUAUAGUAGAUGACCACAUCAAUCAUUUCUUCUCUAUACCUUUUAAGGUAAACUAAUAAUAAGUAUAAUCUCUUUCAAGACACCAUGAACACAUUUCAACAAUAAAUAUUUCAUAGAGGUCAGUGAAAGUAUGUAGUAUCUCUGUGGCAAAUUGUGUAUGAAUUAACAAGAAAGUAGAAAGUUCGUGUAUGAUUUUAUCUAUAAAGUGAAAAUGUUUCUUGGAGUCACUUAGCCCAGGA